GUACAAUGCAUAUGCUAGCGUCAAAUGGAGCCGUAAUGGACCAUGAGUCGGAGUCGGAGUCGGAGUCGGUGAAAAUUAAAGCGCAUUACUGCGGGUAAGUGUCAAGCAAAAACCAAUGGGUAAAAAUUAAUACAGUCCAUUGAGAGCGGUCCAGUGACAACGGGGAAACACCUGUUGUACAGAGACUAAUGGCAGGCCGUGUGUGGAGCUUCUGUCAACAAGUGUUAUGUGAAUUGGAGAAACAGUAAUACUGUACCGCUUCUAUUGUUUUCUGCUUUGUUUGACUUCAACCUUUUGCCAUGUCACAGGCAAAUGUACUUUGUUUAGUUCUAACCGGGGGUGCCACUGCUUUUGCUCCUAACAAUAAACUCAGGAACGACUGUACUGUAUUUAUUGUAAUCAAAUUCAAUCAAAGACAAUUAUCAUACAUACCUUAGUAGGUAGUUUUUGGCCACCUUUGUGCGGCGUCUUUCCAAUCACAUGCUGACUUUAUUUAAAAAAAAAAAAAAAGUAAUAAAAUAAAUGUUGCAAGACAUGAAUAGCAGGAAUGCAUGUGGAUAAUUUAAGAUGGAAAGACACACCCUCAUUUGUUUACGGGAUGCCAUGUGCAUUUGACAACAGAGCUCAGACAAAAGAAGUACCAAUUCAUGUGCCAGGAACUAUCAAGCUACAGGCAGGGGCGUAGCCAGGGCCAGGGGUCACCUCGGUGAUCACUCCCCUUGUGCAUCGUGAAUAAUCGGCAAAAUAUUUUCCAGUCAAACUUCGAUCAACCCCCUCGUCCUCUCCACCACCAAUCUAGAAUCCAGCCCUCCAAAUCUCACGUGAUCAAAUAUGAGCUAACAAAAAAUUAAUAUUUUUACACCAAAAAAAUACUUGGCCCUUCCCCGACCAAGGAGGACAAACGGCAGACUAUUUUAUGUUUCAUAAAGUUAUCCUUUAGAUUAUCAUGUGGUCUGAGGUAUGUUAAGAGUGAAUUGGUCCCGAUAAUGGCUGUUUGAAACGGGUCCAGGCCGACAAGCUUAAAUAUUCAACGUGUUUGAUAUCCAUCCAUCCAUCCAUUUUCUACCGCUUAUCCGGUGUUUGAUAUUUACAACCAAAAAUAUUCAUGUGUGUGGUGAAUGAUGACUAUUCCCAAAUCGUGACUCUGUGAAUUGUGAUGUGAAACGUAUUUCGUACCAGUGGGUUCACCAGAAGAAGAAGAAGAAUCAUAUUUUAUUGUCAUGAACAUGCAUGCAUGCUCACGAAAUUUGUUCUCUGCAUUUGACCCAUCACAAUGAACACCUACACAGACGACACUCAAGUAUUUCCUAAAGCGAGUCUUAAUUGACAUCACCAUUCUGCAACACUCCCGCCUCUGGGCCCUUCGGCAACACUCAGAAAACAUUGAUGGAAUAUAUCCCGUAGUGUCUCUUCUUCCUCUUUUUUGUUUGAUCAUGUGAGCUCUGCCUUGGAGGAUUGGAUUCUAGUUCGUUGGUGUAACAGAAUCUUUGAGCGGUGUUUGGUGUUGAGAUUAUUGGAGCACACCACAAACAGUAUGACCGAAACUGUCAAAUGCCUGAUUAUUAUUAUUAUUAUGAUUUUUUUUAUCUUCAUGUGCGCACUCAGUGGCAGAUAUAAAGAGAAUAUUUUAAGACUUAAAAAAUCCUUAAGCGGGUACCAGACCUAAAUGUUAUACCCAUUCAAUAAUUACAAUUACAAAUCCUGAUGCGCUCAGUCAACACCUAGGUCGGCCGAUCCAUGGACUCCGUCAUGGUAACGCAUACUUAACAAACAUCUGGUUUAUGGGAGGAGUCUCACGAUUGUCGGUGGAGAUCUGGUUGUGUGUGUAGUUUGCUGUGGUGGUCAUCUUGAGUACACCACACAUGAUAAGAGCAGUAAGCAUACACAUGCUGAUUUAGUUUUUUUCCUCAUCAUGUGUAGGGUCUCUCCAUUAACAUAAUGAAAAUGGUUCAGAUGUUAAAAAUCAGUAGGCCUAUGUGUGUACCCCCUUUACAGUUGUCGUCAUUGUUGGAGCUACAGUGCAGCUCCACUUAGAUCAGUAUUUGUUAAACUUUUUCAGGGAACGGAUCUCUUGCUCGACCCCACCCGCCCCAACCCAAAAAAGCAGAGCAAUACAAAGAGUGCAGCCUUUUAAAUGUUACUCACCCACUUUUUGCAGGACACUGUUGGCAUUUUAUUGUAAAGAAUGGUGCUGCCUGUGUUGAAACGGCAACAAAGAAACAUUGGAAAGUGUUCUAGCUUUGGAAUGUGGCCCCAAAAGUAAUUUCCACCCUUUUUAUACCAUUUCUAAUGUUUAGGGUCACAGCUGAGCUGGAGCCUAUAUCCCCAUUGACUUAAGUUGAGGACUUUUCACUUGUCUAUUACAAGGCACAUACAGUAUAGAGGUGCAUCUCAAUAAAUAGAAUAAGAUGUAAAAGGACAUUUAUUUUAGUAGGUCACUUAAAAAGUGAAACAACCGUAUUUUCGCGACCAUAAGGCGCAAUUAAAAGUCGUACAUUUUCUCCAAAAUGGACGGGGCGCCUUAUAAUGGGGCACGCCUUAUGUGUGCACCAAGUUCCAAAAUCUGUAAAUGUUGUUGUGUGACUUUAAUGAGCGCUCCGCUUGACUGACUGGGAGCAUUUCCUGCCAACACGCUGCUUAUAUAGAGGAAGGCAGACGUGACUGAGGAAAGUAUGCGGCCGUAAAGGGGAAAGGGUGCGCGUGACAGAGAAGGCUAAAGACACGCCCCCAGUAGGUAUAUAGUUCCGGUAUGUGCAUCGGUUUGGCUCAGGACCCCCGAAAAUGUCACAUCCGAGGAGACACGCUUACGAAGCACUGUUUAAACUGCAAGCUAUUAGUUACGCGGAGGAAUAUGGGAAUCGAGCAGCCGCAGCAGCGAGAGAAUUCAAGAUCAACGAAUCCAUGGUUCGCAAGUGGAGGAAGUAGGAAAAUGAGCUUCGCCAAGUCAAGAAGAUGAAGAUGAUUUUCCGCGGAAAAAUAAAGAAAAACAAAACGCGGAAACAAGAGACAUGUUGAUCACAGACCUGGCUGCCACUUUAACUUUCGAGGAGCUUUGUGAGGAGGUGAGAACGAUGUGCAGCCUUACCAGACAGCAGCCCAUCACACUCAAGUGGAUUGAUGAUGAAGGAGACCCUUGUACCAUCUCAUCUCCGCUGGAGCUGGAGGAGGCAUUUCGUAUUUACAAUCGAAGCCAAAGAUCUGGACUGCUGUUGCAUGUCUUCCCAAGUAUUCCGGAGCAGCCUGGAAUGCCAUGCCCUGGAGAGGACAAAUCGAUCUAUCGUCGAGGAGCCAGAAGAUGGAGGAAACUCUACCAGGUCAACGGGCACCUCUUCCAGGCCAAGCGCUUUAACACGAAAGCCUACUGUGGCCUCUGCAGUGAAAGGAUAUGGGGGCUUGGUGGGCAAGGCUACAAGUGUAUCAACUGCAAGCUGCUGGUCCAUAAGCGCUGUCACAGACUCAUCCCUCAGACCUGCCAAAGGCUUAUGGAUCCAGCCAUGCCAUCACAGGAGCCCCCUUCAGAUGUGAAGAGUGAAGAGGUGGACCUUUCACUAGAUGACGCACAAGACAGAGAUGAAAGACCGUAUUUACCACACAACUGUACAGUGGACAAACUAGAAGAGACAGAUGUGCAGGACAUUAAAUCAGUGGUGGAUGGAAUCGAUGGUAUCAAGCUGUCUCAAGGCCUUGUUCUGGGGUUAGCAGACUUCGACCUGAUCCGAGUUAUUGGGCGUGGCAGUUAUGCCAAGGUGCUGCUGGUCCGCUUAAAGAAGAAUGAUCAGGUUUAUGCCAUGAAGGUGGUGAAGAAGGAGCUGGUUCAUGACGAUGAGGAUAUUGACUGGGUGCAGACAGAGAAGCAUGUGUUUGAGCAAGCCUCCACAAAUCCAUUCUUAGUGGGCCUCCACUCCUGUUUCCAGACGGAAAGUCGGUUAUUUCUUGUGAUUGAAUAUGUGAAUGGUGGGGACUUGAUGUUUCAUAUGCAACGACAAAGAAAGCUCCCUGAAGAGCAUGCACGAUUUUAUGCUGCUGAAAUCUGCAUUGCUCUAAACUUCCUGCAUGAGAAAGGCAUCAUCUACCGAGACCUGAAGCUGGACAAUGUUCUUUUGGACCAUGAUGGACACAUCAAGCUCACAGACUAUGGCAUGUGUAAGGAGGGGAUCAGACCAGGUGACACGACCAGUACUUUCUGUGGAACACCCAACUACAUUGCACCAGAAAUCCUCAGAGGAGAAGAUUAUGGCUUCAGUGUGGACUGGUGGGCCCUAGGCGUGCUAAUGUUUGAAAUGAUGGCUGGGAGGUCCCCGUUUGACAUCAUCACUGACAAUCCUGACAUGAACACCGAGGAGUACCUCUUUCAAGUUAUUCUUGAGAAGCCUAUUCGCAUCCCAAGGUCUCUGUCAGUGAAAGCUGCCAGCGUGCUCAAGGGUUUUCUGAACAAGGAUCCCAAGGAGCGGCUGGGUUGCCAGGUCCAGACAGGCUUCACGGAUAUCAAGUCCCACACAUUUUUCCGAAGUAUAGACUGGGAGCAGCUGGAGAAGAAGGAUAUGACGCCACCCUUCAAACCUCAAAUCUCAGACGACUAUGGCCUUGAAAACUUUGACACACAGUUUACUAAUGAGCCAGUACAGCUAACACCGGAUGAUGAGAGCGUCAUCAAGAGAAUAGACCAGUCGGAGUUUGAGGGAUUUGAAUACAUCAACCCCCUGCUGCUGUCCACUGAGGAGUCUGUAUGAAGGCGACAAGGUGUUUCCUCUUGGCUCCAGUUUGUCCAAGCCACAAGACAUCUCGAGGACUAGAGGACGAAUGCUCCUCUCUGGACCUUGUCAGCUAAGCAAACGUUGAUACAGGAAAUGUACCUUCCUGCACUACUGGGAUACCAGUUUCCUUAUUCUCUUGGUAUCUGCAAGAACAAUUCACUCGAAGGACAUUCCCUCUGGAUAUUUCGUCUUAACCUUCUUUGUUCUGUUUUUUGAUUCCUCUCAAGCCACAGAAUCUCCAUUGUGGUGUCCAAUGCUUUGAGAGCUGGCUCGUUCGGUGCCUGACACCUUUUAUUCCAUCGCACAUUUCUGGAUGCACCACAGCUUCUGUGAAGGACUUGAACAUUUUACAUACACUUUCUUGGCAAUUUGGUGAUUUUUUUUUUUUUUUAAUCUCAAUAGGAGGGAGGGUCGGGUGUGGGACUCAUUUAAAAUAAGAAUGUAUAAUGAUCACUGAAAGUUUAAGUUAUUGUGUACGAUCAUGUAGGUAUUCAAUCCAAAUUUGAUGAUGCCUUUUUCAUCGAUGCAAGUGGCCCUUUUUCCUCCUGAACAACAAUAUACUAUUUCUUGAAUUUUGCUUUUUUUUUUUUUUAAUUUUAUUUAAGAAGUGCCUCACAGAUCAAACAAAUUCCCCUGUCUCUGAUUGGACUUAUCUCCCUGUCAACAUUUCUUUAUACCCACUCAAAAUAGAACAUAAUACAAUAGUCUGUACUGUGCCAGGUUCUUUUUGGAGCACAGCAGACUGAGAGAACUGUUUUGCUUUUGAAUGAGUGAAUUCCAAAGCACAGGAGCAGCGUUGCCAAAUCCGACGUCGGAAAUGUCUUCAAAACUUGAGCCACCAGUACAUUGAUUAGUAGAUGGCUUGUGAGAAGGUUUCCUGGUUUGCACAUUUCAUUGCAGGGUUAAGUGAGUGUGAGAUUUGGGACACGAAUCUGAGUUCAUGUCACAAGCAACAGGAUUUUGCCAAGGCUGCAUUGUUUACACCAGUGGUUCUCAACUCGUCACCCUGGGGUUCACAUUUCCCUAUUGUUCCAAAGUCGAAACCUGCUUUAUAGAAAUUAAGAAGAUAAAGAAAAUGUAUUCUUUAAAAAUUGAAAAUAAUUUUUUUAAAUUUGUUAUCAUGUAUUGUACACAAUACAUGAUUGUAAAAUAUACAUAGUUAUGUAUUGUAACAGGACACCCUUGUAAAAGGAGAUUUUUAAUCUCAGUGAGGAUUUGUCGGUUAAACAAUUUCAAAUAAAAUGAGUAGACUAUGACAACAUGUUCAAGGGGCAAUUAAGAGCACAUUAAGAAACUGAGCGUGAACAUGACAACUGCAUUUAUGAAAUCAAAUGGAAAAAAAGUAAAUGCAAUGCUAACUGAGCAGGCCGCGUGAUCGCGUAUCUUUAUGCCGCUGGGCAAACUAGUUGAUUCCUCACUAUUCAGCAUCGUUGUAAACCGAGGACCCCGUCAUUUUUCUUGGCUGUCCGCGACCCACCCAAACACCCAAAAUGAGUCUGCGACCCAUAUUUGGGUCCUGACCCACCAUCCCACGAAUCACUGGUUUAAACUGCAAAGUGAGGUACACACAUACUGACAUUCGGGCCUAAUUUCAAUUAAGAUCAGCAAAUUUUGAUUAAAGUCAGCAAAGGCCUGGUGCUACAAUGGGCUGGCAGUCAGAAAUGUUACACUUGUUCAGUAUUUCCCAUCUCAAAUCCUUGUAUGUGUGGUGAACACCAAGUCGGGCUGAGCCACCGGCCUGGAUGCCCAGUGGCACCGUGCUGCCUCUCAUUGGUCAGUCUUGGUGCUACGCCAGACAUCUGGUUUGGGGGAGGAAACGUGCAAAUGUUGAUUGAGAUAUCGUUAUGUGCGUUGUGCUGUGUUGGUCAUCUCAAGUACACCACAUAGUAUAAGCGCAGUAACUACACACUUGCUGAUUUGGUGUUGUCAUGUUAAAAUUUGAGAGACAUUUCAAAUAACGGUUAUGUUAAAAAUUGAUGUGUGUAUCCCACUUAAGUGCCCUCCAUUUAUUGAACAUCACAUCAAAAACACUCAGCAGCACAAAUUAUGCAAAAGAUCAUUUGUGUGUACAAGAGUAUUGUUUAGUGACACUGUUUCAAAUGUUCACCGUUAUGUAAUUGUACUCAUUAGGUCUAGUUAAAUAUAAAUCCAGAUUUGUACAGAUUUAGUUCAUGGUGUCAAGUCCCAUCAGAAGAAAUUAACACAAUUAUUUAAAUUGAAUAAAACCUCCUUUGUUGACCACUUUGAUCAAAUACCAGGUUAUUUGCUCCUGUGUUGUUAGAAUGUACAUUGGAACCUCCAAGGUUGGACAUAAUCCAUUCUGGGUUGCUUGUCGAUUUGUUUGAAUCUCUAGACAGUAUGUCAGAGCAAACAAUUCCAGGCCAUCAAUUUCUAAACUUUAAAGUAACAUUUUAAAAUGCUGUUAAGAAAACAAAACAUUCAAACACUCAAGUCUUACUUAAAGGGGGCAGUUUGCAGAUUUACAAAUGCGAGCAAGAUUUGAAUGUAGCCUCAGUUCACUCAUCCCCACUUCGAGGCUCUGACCAAAGCCGCGCCCCUCACGAGCGUACACGAGAAGUCCACUGUACAUAACGUGCAUUGUAAACAAGCCGACAGCCACGGCUACUUGGGUAGCAGAACUUAUCUGUAACAGUGUGUUACUAUAACCCUAAAUGUAAUCGGUACAAUCAAUCAAAAAUCUAAAAGAGGUGAUUAAACUGACUUGUUAAGCAGAAAUUAUAAUACAUAAUUCAGCAUUGAUUCUAAAUCCUCAGCUGCCUGAUGUCCCUUGUUCUACUUCCGUUUUCUAGUCUUAUGUCCAGUUGUUAGCAAAGAAGGAAUGGGAAUAUUUUUUUCGGGGGGAGGGGAUUGAUUUUAACGCCAGCGGCGUGAGGCUGUGGGGAUCAAUAAUGUUUUUCCUUGGGCGCUGUUGGUUCCUUUAAAAUCAUUCGGUACAAGAUGGAGACAGGCUGGGCUGAUUUUUUAUUUAUUUGUUUUCAAAUAUUUUACUGUCAGUUCUAACAGUUUGAACAAAUAUGACAAAACGGGAGGUUUUGUUUUGAACACAGUCUCCGUUAAUUGUAAUGAUAAAGGCGUAAUGCAAAGGUUGCUGUCACACACGAGUAAAAAGCCACACUGUUAAAACUUGUUUACAAUAAAACUGUACUUUGAUAAGUGAUGAAGAUGCCUAUAUAGCUUCGACUUCUCCCCUUGUCGAAUUGGAUUAAGUGUGGCCUCCGAACACCCUCGAACCAGUGUCUCGUAAGGAAAGCUGAAGUCUUGCACAACAUGCUGAUGUCUCGUGUGAUGUGAUGCAAAUGACGAAAAUGUUGGUGGAACGAGCUCGUUAGUGGCACUGAACUUGAGCGGCUUCACAGUAAGAUGUCACAGAUGUGUGACAUAGUCCAGAGGUGGGCUGGUAAAACAAAAGUAACCUUGUAACCAUAUUCUCAAUGGUUUUGAAUCUCACUUUGUGAACGGGGCUGCAAGACCAUCUUGCAGCCGGUUGUGAAUACAGUGGGUACGCAAAGUUUUCAGACCCCCUUCAAGUUUUCACUCUUUGUUAUAUUGCAGACAUUUGUUAAAAUCAUUGAAGUAAAAUUUUUCCUCAUUAAUGUAUGCACAGGGGAAAAAAACGGAAUUGCUGACAUUUUUGCAGAUUUAUUAAAAAAGAAAAACAGAAAUAUCACAGCCAUAAUAUAUAUAUAUAUAUAUAUAUAUACAUAUACACACACACACACACACACACACACACACGCGCACCCUUUUGAGCUAAUACAGCCAUGAGUCUUUUGGGGAAUGAUGCAACAAGUUUUUCCCACCUGGAUUUCAGGAUCAUCUGCCUUUCCUCCUUGCACCUCCUCUCCAGUUCUGGCAGGUUAGAUGGUGAACAUUGGUGGACAGCCACUUUCAGGUAUCUCAUAGAUGCUCAAUUGGAUUUCAAAAACAAGUCAGCCCUGAAGCCACUCCUUCGUUAUUUUAGCUGUGUGCUUAGGGUCAUUGUCUUUUUUUAAGGUAAACCUUUGGCCCAGUCUGAGGUCCUGAGCACUCUGGAGAAGGUUUUUGUCCAGGAUAUCUUCUGUCGAGCUACUCUGCCAUAAAUCCCCGACAGGUGGAGGGCUGCAGUGAUGGUUGACUUUCUAGAACUUUCUCCCAUCUCCCGACUGCAUCUCUGGAUCUCAGCCACAGUGAUCUUUUGGGUUCUUCUUUACCUCUCACCAAGGCUCUUCUCCCAUGAUUGCACACUUUGGCCGGACGGCCAGCUCUAGGAAGGGUUCUGGUCGUCCCAAACGUCUUCCAUUUCAGGAUUAUGGAGGCCACUGUGCUCUUAGGAACCUUAAGUGCAGCGGAACAUUUUGGGUAACCUUCAGGCAGCUCCUUUGACCUCACGAUUCUCAUUUGCUCUGACAUGCACUGUGAGCUGUAAGGUCUUGUAUAGACAGGUGUGCGGCUUUCCUAAUCAAGUCCAAUCAGUAUAAUCAAACACAGCUGGACUCCAAUGACGGUGUAGAAGCAGUUUAAGGAUGAUCAGAAGAAAUGGACAGGACCCGAGUUAAAAAUAUAUGAGUGUCACAGCAAAGGGUCUGAAUAUUUAUGGCUGUGUGAUAUUUCAGUUUUUCUCUUUUAAUAAAUCUCCAAAAAUUUCAACAAUUACGUUUUUUUUUCUGUCAAUGUGGGGUGCUGUGUGUACAUUAAUGAGGAAAAAAUGAACUUCAAUGAUUUUAACAAAUGGCUACAAUAUAACAAAGAGUGAAAAAUUUAAGGGGGUCUGAAAACUUUCCGUACCCACUGUAUCAUGCUGCUGGGUGGUCGUGCUUUCUUGUGGAACAAGGUAUUCAUCUUCAUUUAGGCUCGCUCAACAUUAGAAUCACUUCAUCGGUUCUCUUUUUGAAUAGUGCCGCCUAUGUCCUUGGUUCAUUUACAAUUGUGUUCAGAAUAAUAGAUUUGUGUUUCGAAAAAAAAAAAAAAAAAAAAAAAAAGCAUGAUCAUACCUUUUAUUUCCAUACACACAAUUGAGAACACUAAAUAUGAAUAGCGUCCCGGGGUGGAAUAGCAGUUCACAGGUACCAAAUGUUGCGACACAGAUGUGAAGCAGCACUCACAAACUGUACUUGUACAACCAAAUAUUAGUGCAGUCAUUCACAGGAAAACAAAACCUUUGUCUUUCACUUUUUACAGUAAGUCACAUGCUGCUACUUCAAUUUCUGUGAAGCAGUUGUUCUCAAACCUUUUACACCAAUUUCCACAUAAAAAAAUAUUUUGACCUCCAAGUACCACUAAAAUGAAAUUAAAAUACAGUAGUCUUAGUGUCUGCCUCACAGUUCUGAGGACCCGGGUUCAAAUCCGGCCUCGCCUGCGUGGCGUUUGCAUGUUCUCCCCGUGCCUGUGUGGGUCUUCUCCGGGAACUCCGGUUUCUUCCCACAUCCCAAAAACAUGCAUGGUAGGCUAAUCGUAACAUAAAUCGCCUGUCGGUGUAAAUGCGAAUGGUUGUUUGUUUGUCUGGGCCCGCGAUCGGCUGGCGGCCAGCUCAGGGUGCACCCCGCCUCUCGCCCGCAGUUAGCUGGGAUGGGCUCCAGCAUACCAGCGACCCUAGUGAGGACGAGCGGUGUCGAAAAUGGAUGGAUAGUCUAGUAGGCCCAAUUGUUCAUCGAAAACAAGUCAGAGGUUUUAAUCUUAAAAGUGUAUGCAGUAUUUUAAUAUUAUCGUAAGCCUCGUCAUGCUGUGUGAACAUUAACACUGCCAGAAAAGAAAAAAAAUAAUAUAACUCCAAUAAUAACUUAAAUAAUGAUUCAAUUAACAUGUAUUGCACAUAAAAGUUCGAUAAAAAUUGUAAAAUUGUACCGAAAUCAUUUUGGGAGAAACACAGUUAGUACUUCAAACUUAAAUACAACUGAACUAUUGUUACCACUAUCACAUUACAGUUUGAAUAUUCAAUUAAUGAUGAAGGAAUUCCACAUUUGAUUAUGCUUUUGUGAGGAUUUGAGCUGUACACGCUUCGCACACUCUUGCUAACACUCUAAUCACAACUGUAUAUCUACUCAACUACCAAAUCAGCGAAUUAACAAAUGUAUUAGGCACAGUGUAAUAAAUUACAUACACAGUACAAUCUACUGGUACUUUUUUCUUCUUUCAAGUGCUAUUGGAGAUGGACAAUGGGCAUAUAGAAUGCAUAUUCAGGGCAUAUAGAAUGCAGUCGUAGGGCCAAUUUAAUUAAGUAGUCCUAUGAGAGGUGGCACGGUGAGUGACUGGUUAGAGCGUCUGCCUCACAGUUCUGGGGACUGGGGUUCAAUCCCCAGCCCCCGCAUGUAUGGAGUUUACAUGUUCUCCCCGUGCCUGGGUGGGCACUCCGGUGUCGUCCCACAUCCCAAAAGCAUGCAAGAUAGGUUAAUUGAAGACUCUAAAUUGCCCGUAGGUGUGAAUGUGAGUGCAAAUGGUUGUUUGUUUAUGUAUGCCCUGCGAUUGGCUGGCAACCAGUUCAGGGUGUACCCCGCCUCCUGCCCGAUGAUAGCCGGGAUAGGCUCCGGCACGCCCGCGACCCUUGUGAGGAUAAGCGUCUCAGAAAAUGGAUGGAUGGAUCGAGUCCUCCGAGGGCCAUGAUAAGGUCAUACAUACAAAUGAUUGCGCAUUUGUGAAUUUUGAAGCAGUCACCUACAAUGUAGUGGUUCACUCGCGUCAUCUCCAACACAGAUAGCUGUUAUUGUCCAUUUCUAUAUGGUCCCCAUGCCUUUUGCCUGAAAUCAGCUGCGAGUGGUUUAUAUAUAUAUAUAUAUAUAUAUAUGUGUAUAUGUAUAUGUGUAUAUAUGUAUAUGUAUGUAUAUAUGUAUAUGUAUGUAUAUAUACAGGUUGAUUGAAAAGUAACUCUCUAUUUUAAAAUACUUAUUAUUUAUUCAUAUGUUGUAAUAUUUUUCUCAAUUUUUUUUUUUUUUUUUGUGUAUGUUCCAUGAUGUAAGGAGCAAGUCUAUUAUACCAAACCAACAACUUUGGAAGAACUUGAAGGGCGAAUACGAGAACUUGUCUUCCAUCCCACAAGAGUUCCUUGUAAAAUCAGUUAAUGCGGUUCCAAGGCGGCUCGAGAAACUGGUGGCUAAUGCUGGCGCCCAUAUUGAGUUUUCAAUAAAACUCCACGCAAUACAAUUUCUUCUCAUGUUCAUUUCUUGUAAGAAUUAUAGUUCAGAAGUAAAUUACAAAUACUUAAAAAUAGAGAGUUACUUUUCAAUCACAUGGUAUAUAAAUUACCGUUCCUCUUACUUUUUUAGGACUGUAAGUGUCAGACUGAAAUCUCUUGCGGGCCAUAUACGGCCCCUGUGCCAUAGGUUCACCACCCCUGGUGUAAUACCUACACUUUUCUGCUGACAAAUUGUUAACGUCAUCAUUUUCAAUACACAGUCAAAUAUGCCUUUGAAUAGAAAGAAUAAUAUAUGCUUUAAGGCUGACAUGUUCAUUAUUGAUGAAUGGUUGGUACCAUUUAAAAGUAAGCUCAUAAAAAGGAUUGAAAAUGUGUAUUGGGAGCAGUAUUGUAAAUUGAAGGCUGUUUUUGUGCAUUGUUCUCAGUAAACCACCGUUCAUGUCCAUCUGGAUUAGGGGUGGUCAAAGUAUGGGCCAACUCCAGCACCUGGCACAUUAACUUUAUGAAGAAUCCUGCAGUAUAUCUUCCUAGAUGUUUUUUCCUAUAAUUGGUUAGUUGAAUGUACUUUUUGUGUCGUAAUGUUACAUUAUUUUCCUUUAUUUUCGAAUUAAAUCACCAGUUAACUAUAAUUCAAUACAAUUUUCAUGUGUAAUGUCUUACAUAUUUUACGUAGACAAUUAUUGGUUUCUUUCUAUUCUUUUUUUACACCUCAUCUGCAAAUGACAGAGUCUGUCCAUUUUAAAAAUCAAACCAUUGAGCAAAAAUGUUUGCCUGCAUCCGAUCUAAAUGUUCGAAUUUGGAAGCCUCGGAUCACUGUUGAAAUUUCAUAAAAUCAAACACUUCAUUUAUGUAUCUAAAUUAAUUUUCUUUAAAUGUGCUUACAAGGAAAAUGUCUCUAUUGGUUGAAAAUUAUUGGAUGCAAUCUGACCUAUUAUUAUUUUGAGAACUACAUAAUAGGAUUAAUUAGUGGAUCCCGAGUCAAAGGUUCUUAUUUAGCUGCAGGCCUUGACAUGCAGAGAGGAAGAUAGCACAGGCAGCGAUAAUGAAGCAGUUAUGAAGACACUGAAUAAAACACAUUCAUGCGCACACACUUGCAAAUCCCUUCGACAUUUCAGCAAUCUUCUGCAUCUACUAUCUCAUGUGGAGCGUUUCUUCCCAUGUCGGACAUUUGGAUCAUGAGCGACAAAAGAGUAUAACACCUUGCUGUAUUUUUAUUUAAGAAAAUGAUACUGUAAUAAUAAUAAUUACAUGUCGACAGAUUUGUUUGAAUUCACUGUUGGUUUGAUAUUUUCUUCACAGCGUCUUUGUAAAUAUGUGUAAUAAUUAAAAACAAUACUGGUUUUCUGUGAA